UAUGUAACAACAUUAUCUUGAUCAUACUAACCCUGCCAAUCCAACUCCUGCCCCAAAUCCAGCUGCAGGAACAACUAAUGGAAGUACUUUAGAUGAAGAUUGGUUGUUGAUUGCUGGUAUUGUACUAGCAUUUUCUUAAUUGGGUUUUGGAUUUUUGGAGGCUGGAUCUGUUAGAUAUAAGAAUGCCUAAUCAAUAGUUAUAAAGGUAUUUCUUGGAAUGUGUUUAACAGUAUUAAUAUAUUGGUUGGUAAAAUGAUUUUUUAAUAAUUCAAAAUAGUUUGGGUAUGGAUUUUCUUAUGGUGAUGAUUUUGGAACAUAUUUUAUGGGAGGUACAAAACUUGGAGCAUACAAUUGGGCAGCAACAGAAGCAUAAAAUGAUUAUUCAAAUUUUGGUAGUUAAUUUUUAUAAUAAUAAUAGUGUUCAAAGCUACAUUAUCAUGUAUAGGAGUAUCAAUAGUAUCAGGUGGAGCAGCUGAAAGAUUAACAUUCUUAGCCUGGGGUGUUUUGGCUCUCUUUUAUUCAGGAUUUGUAUCUCCAGCAAUAGUUCAUUGGACUAAUGCUAAUGGUUGGUUAACUAAAUUAGGAUAUAAAGAUUUGGCAGGAUCAGGAUUCAUUUUCUAUUCAGCUGGUGUUGCUGCUUUAGUAGUGACAGUAGUAUCUAAACCAAGAAAAUAUAGAUUUGAUCCAAAUUCUACUUUAAACUUUUAACCAUUCAGUUCAAUAUAUGUGGCAUUUGGAACAGUUAUACUUUUUGCUACUUGGAUGUUCAUAAAUGGUGGUUAAAUUUAAUCUGGUUAAUCUACACCAUAUGUUUAAGGAUUAGUAGCAGUUAAUACAUUGAUAGCUGGAGCUGCAGGAGGAUUUUGGAGUUUUGUUAUAAGAUAUUUGACAAAAGAGACAACAAGUUUAUUUUCAAUUUCAAGAGGAAUAUUGGCUGGAUUGGUGGCAAGUUCAGCUGCUGCUCAUGAAUCUUAGAUUUGGGCUACUUCUAUUGUUGCUUCAAUUGCUGGCAUUGUUUAUACAUUAACAGCCACAGCCUUACCUAAAGUAAAAUUAGAUGAUCCAGUUUAAGUUGUACCUAUUUUCUUGGUAUUUAAUUAAAUUAAUCUUAGCAUGGUGGAUUUAUUGGAGUCUUAUUUACAGGAUUAUUGGAUGUAAAUGGUGGAUUAUUUUAUGGAAAAGGAAUGAAAUUAGUAGGUUGUUAAUUGCUAGGAUUAUUAAUUAUCACAGUUUGGGUUGCUUUCUUUGUUUUUUUCAUUUUAAUAGUUCUUAAAGGAUUUGCUGUUUUGAGAAUUGAUUCAGAUGCUGAAGUAGCAGGAAUUGAUAAAGAAAAAUGUAUAUUUUAAAUAUUAUUUAUUAGGUAAUUAUGAAGCCAUUUCAUUUUCUAAUGAAGAUCCAUAAUAAGUCAACAUAAUAAAAUCAGUUUCAUAUUGAU